ACGUAGCGAUACGGGCUUCUCCAUUGCAAUGAAUGAUUAACGCCUGAAAGGACAUAAUAAUUUGCAUCCGCAUGUAACGUGAGCACAUGGCUCAAAGGAAAUUUUAAAGAACGUUUGCUUAUUUUGAACGUCCUCGCUGAAAACCAGGUUCUCUACGCUAGCAUCUUGUUUGUGGUCUCCGGCGCUAAAUGUUUUACACGACGCAGUACAUUUUGAGUACUACGGAUUAAUUGCUGCAGCGGUACCUAGUCCCGAUUGUGGCGAUGCUUUCAAUUGCCUGUACAGCAUAGUCACGCACAUUUUUACUUAGACAUGGUGUGUUUAGUUUUAAGUCUGAAUACAAUUUCUAUUUGAACAUACUCUGUCCGUGAGGUUGGACCCACUUCAAUAUGCGGGUCUCUGUGUGGUAAUCAUCUUAAAGCACGUGCACAAUUUAGAUGUACAUGCAGAUUUCGACCAGCUGAAGGACCAACCCCAGCAGAGAGCCAGUAGAGCAAGCUAGCUUCCUGCAUGGUCACUGACAUUCAGCCAAAUUCCCAACAAUAGUCCAGCUCAGCAUGAGUGUACGAUCAAACUGAGUCCUUUCCAGUUGCCAGCAGAGCCCAAAUUCUAGAGGAGUGACAUUGUUUGGGUUGCCAAGAUGGACGUGGGGAACCUGGGGAUCUCUCAGUCCCAGGUGUUUCUCAACUACAGCCCGCGGGCCAUCCUGUCACAGUGGAGUCUCUCCCUGGGCACGCGGCGUGUGAUGGAGGCAGUGCGGGAGGGCCCUAAGAGCACCCUGAGCUCUGGUAAAGUUGUGGCUCUGGCAGCGGGGCUGUCUGUAGGAGCGACGGUGGGAUACAUAGUCUACCGGCAAAUCAAAAGCACCAGCUCUCCGCUGGCUAACACCGAGGAGUCCAGGAUGUCAGUACCUCUGGAGGUUUACAGGACUGUUACCAAGUACCAAGCCUCCUUCCUGGACCUGGUGAUGCAGAAGUCCGGUGCCCACGUGAGGGUGCUCUCUGAGUCUUCGCAGGCAGGCGAGGGGGAGCAAAGUUCCCAGAAUUCGGUGUGUUUCCUGCUGCAGGGCUCACCUCAGCAGGUGCUGCUGGCCAGGUGUUCCCUGGAAAACCUGGCCGCAGACUGUGAGACCACCACUGAUGUCAUGGAGGUACCCCAGACUGCCUUCGGACGCAUCAUAGGUCGUGGAGGGGAGUCUCUGAAGCUCAUCACCAGGACAACCGGAGCAAGAGUCCUAUGUCCCAGGGAGAGGGGGCGGGGCCUAGAGAAGGGCGUGGUGUCUGUCACAGGGACGAGACUGGAGGUCAGACGGGCCAAGGAGCUCAUCCUAGAGAAGGUAUUUGAGGAUGAGGCUGUAAGGAGGAGGAUUACCCAGUCCUCGGCCCUGCGCCAGAAACGAAGACCCUUUGAGCCCCAGGGUCAAAGGUCUGAGGAACUGAUGCUGGAGGAGGCUCCACAGUCUCUCUGGAUGGAGGAAGGGGGGCUGGUCCAUGCUAACGGUGUCCAGACCGCAGUGAGAGACCUUGCCCAGGAUAGAGGAGAGACCGUACAGCUGGCUUCAGAGGCACGAGAGGAGGACGAUCUUCUGUCGCCUGCCUCCCUAUCAGAUGUUUCUAAAUUUGAAAUUCCCAGCCCAGACCUGAGCUUCCAGCCAGAUGAGCACCUGGAGGUGUAUGUAUCGGCGUCAGAGAACCCCCACCACUUCUGGAUCCAGAUCCUGGGGGUCCGCUCCCUCCAGCUGGACAAACUUACUGCCGAGAUGAGCCGCUUCUACAGCAAUGGCACCCUGCAGGAGCAGCGAGUGGAGACUGUCGUGGUGGGGGACAUCGUGGCAGCUCCGUACCGGGACUAUGGCACCUGGAACAGGGCGAGGGUCCUGGGGGUGAUGGGCUCUGGCCUGGUGGACCUCUACUAUGUCGACUUCGGAGACAAUGGAGAACUACCCAGGGAUAGUCUGCGGAGUAUGAGAAGUGACUUUCUCAGCCUACCAUUCCAGGCCAUCGAGUGCAGCCUAGCUGGAGUCAACCCUGCAGGUGAGGUGUGGAGCGACCAAGCCCUGGACGACUUUGAGCGCCUGACGCAUGUUGCCGAGUGGAAACCCCUGCUGGCCAAACUGUGCAGCUACACCCACUCCGAGGUCUCCUCUUGGCCAAGUGUACAGCUCUACGACAACACCGAGGGCAAGGCUGUAGAUCUAGGAGAGGAGAUGGUGAGUCUGGGCCAUGCUGUACCUAGCCAGGAUAAUGGGAACGGGGGUGGCGACAGGGACGACCCUGGAACACUACAGAGGAUGCUGGAUGAUGUGACUGGAGCCACGUCGGAGCUAAGCCUGUCCUGCAUCAGCUUAUCAGGUGUUUUCUCUUUUCGCAGUGUGACCAACUCCUUUUGGCGACACAUGUCUUCAGUUACAGGCCAUCAGAAUGAGGAGUGGGUGUUAAAGCUGGCCACACCGUCAUUCUCAGGCUCUCUGAGCCCUCUGGAGCUACAGCGGGCUGAUGUUGAUGACAGCCCCUCUGGGUUUAGCUUUGGGCUGACCCACUCCACCCCGGCCCAGCAAGCCCUGGUGGACCUGGUUUCCCACAUCCUGGAGUCCCCCAGCCCCUCUGAACACCCCCUCUCCCCAGACCACCAGGUCCCGGGCGAGCUCUGUCACACACUCAACCGAACCACCAACCUCUACAGCUUCUCAGUGCCCCAGCUGCAACUCACACACACACUUCCUCUGUCCUCCUGUACCUCUUCGUCUACUUCCUCGUCGCCUCUGGAGGUCGUGACCUCUGUGUUGGGUUCGGUCAUGCUGAGUGACAACGUCUUCCUGGAGGGCUCCAGUUAUGACGGGGAUGAGGAAUGUGGCGUAACCUCGUCUUCCGGAGAAGUGGAGACAACUGGGGGAAACUCAACUUGGUGGUCGACUCGAGGUGACAGUCUGGAGGAGGAAGUGGACGAGGAGCAGAACAGUGAGGGGGCCAUCGACAUCGGUUCCACUCCUACCUUCCCCACACAGAGGCACUUGUGGCUGGAAGAGGGCAGCCAUGGGGGUGGUGAAGAUAGCACUGAAAGUCCUAGUGUGGUUGUAGUUGGCAGCAGCAGUAGUAGUUUCAGUAGCUGUGGGAGUGAUAUUAUCUAUAUGGGGUCAGUGGCGCCUGCUUGGGAGAAGGGUCAGGCUGUGUCCUGCCCUAAUGUUGAUGGUGGCAACCCACAGAGGAGGAAAGCAACAAGAUUACUGUUCCACCUCUCUGAGGAGGCAAUGGACAUGAAUGCCCUGGAAAGCCAAGCUGGAAUGGAUGAGAAGACUGAGGAACAGAGAAACCGACUGGACGAACACGAGAUGGAGGAAGUGAACAGUCCACUUGGGAAGGAGGCAGGAUCUGAACACAGGAACAAACCUUCAGCGGGAUUUCAUUCACCAGAGGUUGGGACGGAGAGUGGAAGAUUGGGUAUUGCAGAGCGGCCACCGCAUCAGAGGAGUGGUCUGCAAACCUCCGAGCAACUCAACAAGGAGCCCAAUUGCACUGAAGCAAAUGACAGGAGAGCGAGCCCUCAGGAAUUAUGACCUAUGAAGGAGUCUAUCCCAAACAGAGAAGUGGCCUCAAUCUCAGGAAGCGUUGAUGAUGUUCUAGAGGACGAGUUCGUCUGAGACCAAAGACAGACUUGUCAA